AGUUUAGAACAAUUGCAUCAGUUGCUCCAAAUCGUUCAAAUUUGACAAAAUUCUGAUACGCCACCUGAUAAACGUUCUUCGCUUGUAAUUUUCGUCAUUGGACUUAGUUUGUAAACUAAAGUUUAAAAAAAAAAGAAUUGUUUAGUCUCAAAUGCAAUUAAGGCUAGACAUUUGCCAAAUAUUCGCAAAUAUAAAAACCAGUUGACUGAAGAAUUGAAAGUUUUAAAUAAUAUUAUUAUUUGAACUGAACUGAACUGAAGCUGAACUGGACUCUUAUUAUUAAUAAGAGUCCAGUUCAGCCACAUAGUCAGUCUUCUGAAAAUACUGAAAUGGAUCGUUUUAUCCCAAAGCAAGAAGAUACUAAAGAUUAUGUUGCUUUAAGGUCAUCUGAAGAUGGAAAUUGCCUCUAUAGUUCAGCUUCUCUUUUAAGCAAUUCGUCUCUGAAGACAGUUAAUGUAUUGAGGCUUCUAACUUCGAUUGAAUUGUUUGAAAAAGCUUCCUACUAUGCGAGGUACUCCCUUUUUGUUAAACAGGUUGAAAACAAUAAUUCUAAUCUUUCCAGUGUUCUAGUAGCCUGUGUUUCUUUUGAAUGUUCAGAUCAAUUUAAAUUAAUUAACAGUGAAUCAGCUUCUGAAAUUAUAAUAAUGGAAGCAUUGAUCAACUGCCAAGCUAACAAGUUUUCUUCGUUUUUAUGUCUAAUUGCUUUGUCAUCAGUUUUAAAUAUUCCUAUUAGAUCAAUUUAUCCUGAUUUUGGCUUAGAAAAAUUCAAAAAACUUUUUAAUGCAAUUAUUCCAUUUCGUUAAAUUAAAAAUCAAGAUCAAAAUGUUUUGAAUAUUUUAUGGUGUAAUACUGAUAUUAUGUCAGUGAUGCAAAAUAAUAAUAGCUGGACACCGAACCAUUUUGUACUAAUUAUUAUAAGCCUAAACUAAUUUCUAGCAUUAAUUAGAUUUUGGCUAUAAAAAACGAUGCUACUUAUUCUUUACACUUUUUUAGUCCUAAAACUGAAACAAAUAAAAAAAACAACUUGAUUCUGCAAAACAUGUCAAAAUUCAAUCUAAAAUUAACUUUAAAAAAGACAAUGCUUUCAUAGAGUUGCCUUUUGAACCUUUUGUAGAUUCAAAAAUAGUUAAGUCAUUAGACUCCAACUCAGUUAUUAUUCCUUCAUAUAAUGAAUUAAAUUCUUUGUAUGACGUUUCAACAUAUCUUGUUUGAGGUAAACUUUUAAUCGCUGGCAAAGAUGAUUCUAUUUUGUUAGAUAUGAUAAACAAAGUAUUUUGUCCUAAUUCUAUGUUUGUUUUUCCAAUAUCUUUAAAUACAAAAAGAUCAUUUAAAUUUGAAUGGCUCAGCCAGUUUUCUUGGUUAGCUUAUUCUAGCAAAGAAGAUGGAGCUUACUGUCUUGCUAGGUGCUAGUAUUCCAAAUAAGUCUGGAAUAUUAAAUUUAGUUUUCAAGCCCCAUCAAGAGUGGGGUAAUGCUGUUCGUGAUUAUAGAAAACGUGUGGAAAAUUGUGUUUUACAUAAAAAAAAUCUAUGCUUUCAUUUAAUGCAUUGCUUUCACGUUGCAAUAUUAAAAGUAAUGUUAUUGAGGUUGAUUUAAAUAAUUCUCGUUUGAAACUUCUUUCUGAUAACCGAAAAAAAUUAGUUCCAAUAAUUAAAACAAUAAUAUUUCUUGGUAGAAACGAUCUAGCAUUUCGUGGAUAUCGUGAUGAUAGCAAAUAUCAUCCUGAUAUUGGGGAAUCUUCUACACAAAAAGUAGGAGUUGGUAACUUCAUAGAGCUUUUAAAUUUUCGUGUUGAUGCUGGGGAUCAAAUAUUAUCUAAUCAUCUUUCUUCAAGUCCAAAAAAUGCAACCUAUAUAUCAAAAACUACCCAAAACCAACUUAUUGAUUCUUGUGGGAAAUCAAUUGAGGAAGUUUUAAUAAAAAAUGUCAAGCAUUCAAUUUUUUUUUCAAUUCUUUGUGAUGAAGCAGUUGACUGUUCAAAUACGGUGUCCUAUGAUUCAACCGAAUCCCUAAUUUCAAUUUAGAACCGAAUAUGAGAAAUUUAUUACACAACCGAAAAUAUUUACAAAAAAAAUUAGAACCGAAAAAAUUUCAAUCAAAUUUUCGAUCGAAAGUCAUAAAUGAUUUUAGAACCAAAAAAAUUUCGAUAGAAUUUUCAAUCGAAAGUCAUUAAUGAUUUUAGAACCGAAUGUAUGUAUGUAUGUAUGUAUAUAUAUAUUUUAAUAGUAAAAUUUUAAUAAUAAAAAAAAAAUA